AUGGGUGGUGUUUCCGUUCGCGAUGUGGACGCGCAGAAGUUCAUCUCUGCCUACUCUGCUUUCCUGAAGCGUCAGGGAAAGCUCCCCAUCCCCGGCUGGGUUGACACUGUCAAGACCUCUGCCUCCAACGAGCUUCCUCCCCAGGACGCUGACUGGUUCUACGUUCGCGCCGCCGCUGUCGCCCGUCACAUCUACAUGCGCAAGACCGUUGGUGUCGGCCGCCUCCGCAAGGUCCACGGUUCCACCAAGAACCGCGGCUCCCGCCCCGCCCACCACGUCGACGCCUCCGGCUCCGUUGACCGUAAGGCCAUGCAGGCUCUCGAGAAGAUCGGUGUCCUUGAGGUUGAUGAGGACAAGGGUGGCCGUCGCAUUACCCAGUCUGGCCAGCGUGAUUUGGACCGUAUUGCCAAGACCACUGUCGACGAGGAGGAGUCUGACGAGGAGUAA